AUGAGCUUUCGACGUUCUUCAACGCGUGUUAAACCUCCUAAAGGAACGAUUAAAAUACUUUGUGUUGGUGAUGGUUCUAUUGGAAAAACAUGUUUGUUAACUGUAUUCGCAACAAAUGAAUUUCCAACGACUUAUGAACCAACAGUUUUUGAUAAUUUUGCAUGUGUUAUGCAUAGAAAUUUAACAACAUCAUAUAAUCUUGAACUAUUCGAUACAGCUGGUCAAGAAGAAUGGGAACAACUACGUCGAAUGAUGUAUGCUAAUACAGACGUAUUUUUGGUAUGUUAUUCAUGUAUGCAACCAUCAUCGUUUGAUAAUGUUGAAAAAAAAUGGAUGCCUGAUAUACGUAGUCAUGAUCCAUCAAGUCUUGUUAUUCUUGUUUCACUUUGUAUUGAUUUACGUACAAAUAAUAAUUCAAUAAUUCCUCAACCUGAUCUAAUAUCACAACCAAUGAUAACAACUCGACAAGGUUCAGACUUAGCUAAACAUUUAAAAUGUAAUGCAUUUAUUGAAUGUUCAUCAAUGCUUCGUUUUCAUGUUCGAGAAGUAUUUGAAUGUGCUAUUGAUAUAUAUGAACGUGAUUUUCAAUUAACUACGGAACAGCAUUGUAAUGAUCAUCGACAAUGUCAUACAUGGUUAUGUUGUCUUAUGUGUUGCUCAACAAGACACCGAAAACAACAACAACAACAAAAAAAGAAGAAAAAUGAUAAGUCAGAUGAAUAUAUACACAAUCCAGAAUGA